CACCGACUGCCCCACCCCCUUUGUCAGUGUGUUUAGGCCUUGUAAUCAUGGCGGCGAUCGCAAUGGACCCGAUCAGGGAGAAAUCUCUGACUGAUUAUAAAAAGAAACUUUUGGAGCACAAAGAAGUUGAAGGUCGUUUGAAAGACAUGCGUGAGCAGCUGAAGGAGCUCACAAAGCAGUAUGAUAAAUCGGAAAACGAUCUGAAGGCACUUCAAAGCGUUGGGCAGAUAGUAGGAGAAGUUCUAAAGCAGCUGACUGAAGAGAAAUUUAUUGUGAAAGCGACAAAUGGACCAAGAUACGUGGUUGGCUGCCGAAGGCAGUUGGACAAAGCCAAGCUCAAGUCUGGCACUCGAGUGGCUUUAGAUAUGACCACCUUGACCAUUAUGAGGUAUUUGCCAAGGGAGGUUGAUCCCUUGGUGUACAACAUGUCUCACGAGGACCCAGGGGAUGUCACUUAUUCUGAAAUUGGAGGUCUUGGAGAGCAAAUUCGUGAGCUGAGAGAGGUGAUAGAGCUGCCUCUGCUGAAUCCAGAGCUCUUCAUGCGAGUGGGCAUCACUCCGCCCAAAGGCUGCUUGCUCUAUGGACCUCCAGGAACAGGAAAAACCCUCUUGGCACGUGCUGUUGCCAGCCAGCUGGAUGCCAAUUUCCUGAAAGUUGUCUCCAGCGCAAUUGUUGAUAAAUACAUUGGCGAGAGUGCCCGUUUAAUCCGAGAAAUGUUCAACUACGCCAGAGAUCACCAGCCUUGCAUCAUUUUCAUGGAUGAAAUCGAUGCCAUUGGUGGCAGGAGAUUUUCGGAAGGCACAUCAGCUGACAGAGAAAUCCAGCGCACUCUGAUGGAACUACUGAACCAAAUGGAUGGCUUUGACUCUCUUGGACAGGUGAAAAUUAUCAUGGCCACAAAUAGGCCCGACACUCUGGACCCUGCCCUGCUGAGACCUGGUCGUCUGGAUAGGAAAAUUGAAAUUCCCUUGCCCAAUGAGCAAGCUAGACUAGAAAUUCUCAAAAUUCACGCUGGUCCUAUUGCCAAGCAUGGGGAAAUUGAUUACGAGGCAGUGGUGAAGUUGUCUGAUGGCUUCAAUGGUGCUGACCUGAGGAAUGUGUGCACAGAGGCUGGUCUUUUCGCCAUCAGAGCUGAACGCGAGUAUGUCAUCCAAGAGGACUUCAUGAAGGCUGUGCGCAAAGUGUCUGAUAACAAGAAACUCGAAUCAAAGCUUGACUACAAGCCUAUCUAAAUGAGGUCCCAGGAUUUUAUUCGCAUAUUGCGUCUAUAGCUUGUAACAACACUUGAAUCGUUUGCAUUAAUUAAAAUUUCAGUAUACUUUAAUUAUCAAAA